AUGGCAGAUCAGGCUGAAAGGUUUGGUGCCAUGUCCGUCACAUUUGCAAAAGCCCCAGACCUUGCGAAGACCCAAGCCGAACAAAUCACCCAGUGGACCCAAAAGCUGAUCGAUGCCGUAACGAAGAUUCGACAAGAUGCACAGGCUGCCGCAAAUGUGUGCCAAGAACGCCUCCAGGUCACAAUUCGCGAGCUUAGCACGCGUGGGAAUGCAACAAAGAAGAAGAUCUUAGAAAACAAUAAGCUGGAUACAUCGCGAACUGUAAAGGCAAACUUCAGGCUAGUGUUUGGGCCGCCAAAACACUCGGAAUACUGCAGCAAAACCACGAAAUAUGCAAUGGAAUCCAAUGCUGUGAGGAUUAAAACAGUUCGUGGGCUAUGCGAAAGUUAUCCCGAUGCUGUUAUCACCCUAUCAACGAGCUAUCCUACCAAAGUGUGGACGGAAUCAAGCGUGGAAGUAUUUGACGGACUAAUAAAGUUGUUGAAGAAGGAUGCGGAGAAAGAAGUAGGGGUGGGUUGGCCACGCGAGAUUUUGGAUAUCAUGGAUACGCUCGAAGAAGAAAGGCCGAUGUGUGGUGAGUUUAAGGUUCUUCGUGGGCAAGUGCGCGACGGCCCACAUAAAAAUUCCAAUUUUGGACCGCCAACUAGCCCCAGCACUGGACGGGACCAACUUGGCACUUACCAUAGUACGGUUUAUCCUUCAAAAAGACGCAAGCCUGAAGAUCCACAAUCGCCAUUCCGGGAGAAUAGAGAGGUCGGAUUUAUGUACACAAAUGCCCCCGCCGUCGAUAUAUUGCAACUAGCUGAACCAUUCAAAACGGCGCUCCAGAACAGUCGACAAUGGAAAUGGGAAAGAAGCCAAAAUAUGAACACCACAUCGUGCCUGGCGGCAUUGUUCCCGAAGGAUAACACUCAAGAUGUUUCUCUGACUAUAUGGUGCGGAAAUAAGGAUGGAUACCGUGUCAUCACUGCCGAUGAAAUUAAGAGCCGUGACAAACUGUGUAGCUGGACUUACCGCCAUAGCCAAGAUACUCUAGAUGGACCUUGCUUCUCUGUACCAACUGUUAAAGACUACUGCGUAUCAGCGGUCAUGGGGCCAAAUGGUAGAAGGGAAGAUUCGAUCUCUAUUCACCUGAUAUUCGGAGAGGCGCAGAUGAAACUGGAUGAAAUCAGACACAAUACAAGCCUUUCUUCAGUCGGGGUCGAAACAGAGUAA